AUGGGCUUUUUCGGGAGACUAUUCGGGAGUAAAAAGCGCGGUAAUUCAGCUCCGACGAGUGAUAAACGGAGAUGGAGCUUCACCACUAGAUCCUCUAAUCCGGUGAAUUCGAAUUCCAGCAAGAGACGUUCGUGUCCGACGGAGGAGGAGGAAGAAACCGGUUUAGAUGCCGAUAAACAUGCCAUUGCCGUGGCGGCUGCUACUGCCGCGGUGGCGGAAGCUGCUUUAGCUGCUGCUCAUGCGGCGGCGGAAGUCGUGAGACUCACCGGCGGUGGUGGAAAUUCGUCGGUGUUUCAAAUCGGAGGGAGUAAUCGCCGGUGGGCUCAUGAGUAUUUAGCGGCGGUGAAGAUUCAGUCAUCUUUUCGUGGUUAUCUGGCAAGAAGGGCAUUAAGAGCACUAAAGGCAUUAGUGAAGCUUCAAGCUUUAGUGAGAGGACACAUAGUAAGAAAACAAACCGCAGAUAUGCUUAGAAGAAUGCAAACUCUAGUUCGUCUCCAAUCUCAAGCUCGAGCUCGAGCCUCUCGUUCCUCUCACUCCUCUGCUUCAUUCCAUUCCUCAACCGCACUAUUGUUCCCUUCUUCAACUUCUUCUCCGCGUUCUCUCCACACGCGCUGCGUUUCAAACGCUGAAGUUAUCGCUAUAGACCACCGUGGCUCCAAACGGUUAGAUUGGCAAGGCGAGGAAAACGAAGACAAGAUCCUAGAAGUUGAUACUUGGAAGCCUCAUUAUCAUUCAAAACCGCUACGUUCGGAUCGAAACAACGAGUCUCCGAGGAAAAGACAACAACCAUUGUUGUGUCCGAGAAGUACAGAGAAUAGUCCUCAAGUUGGAUCAAGUGGCUCAAGAAGAAGAACUCCGUUUACGCCUACUACGACUAGAAGCGAGUAUUCUUGGGGGUGUAAUAACUAUUACUACUCGGGUUAUCACCCGAAUUACAUGGCUAAUACUGAGUCUUAUAAAGCUAAAGUCCGGUCACAGAGCGCGCCGAAACAGAGAAUUGAGGUCUCUAAUGAGACUAGUGGAUACAAGAGAUCUGUUCAUGGACAGUAUUACUACUACAAGGCGGUUGCAGAGCAGAGUCUCCGAGGAGUUUCUGAUCGAUUGAGUCGGAACCAAAGCGAGAAAUCGAGGAUGCAUUCUUCGUUUCUUGUUUAG